AUGAGUUCCCCAGAGGAGAUGGCAGGACCAUCUCCUAAACGCGAGAAGGGGAAAACAAACGUGAGACGGAGUAUAGGAGAGUGGGAAAACGACAGAACGGACAAAAACCCUAGCGCUCAGACAAGGGUAACGGGACGAAUCUCGGCGGCACCUACCAAAAAAUUAGCUGGCCCCUCCCAACCUGGGACGUCAGUCGAAAUAGAAGGCAGCUCACCGGGGAAGAAGAAGGAAAAAUAUGCAGACAGAGUUGCUGAGGCGAGGGCUUGCCUGCAGAAGGCUAAGCUCCACCUCAGCAAUUCACGAAAUUUAAAAACUGAAAUAAAAGUGGAGUUAUUACAGAGUAUAGAGAGGAUGUACCAGUUUGUUAAAGAGGCAGAAGCAGACAGGGAGGCAGAGGGAAAUAAAGGACAAGAAAAGAGUGAUGAUAGACCAGUGGUGGAAAUAGAAAGAAAAGAAGAGGCAGAGUCACAUAAGAAGAAAGGAGGGAGCUGGGAAACGUACAGUAUCAAA